AUGUCUCAGCUGGUCGAAGCGACCACGCGCUGCUGCUGCUUCCACAGAUGCGGUCGCACAGGUCGCAUUGUAUCUGUCGCCGCGGCCGACGCGCAUAACAGAGAGCAGCUGCACCUGCGCGCCUUGCAACUGGAUGACCGGAAGGAAGGCGAGCGACGGGUUGCGCUCAUGCGACAGCAGCAGCAAGUUCAAGGCGACAUGGAGAAAUUUGGACCCACAGCCGGCACCGCAACCGGACCUCCUGGUAGCGCCGGCAAAUCCAAAUCACGCGUUUCGUCAGGCCCGCGUUUCGCGUGCCGUUGCUCCCAGUGCACUUCCCGCUAUGGCAGCCCCGGCCGCUUGCUAUGCGAGACCGCAUGGCGCGAUCACUGGAAGCGACGCGCGGCGGAAAUAGUCCUUCAGCAGGAGGAGGUGGAACCAGUGCCGGUCGCGGAGGUUUCGGAUCGCGAGUCGGGCGUCCAGGGAUGCGGCGGACGGUCUAAGGGAGCCGUCGCCGGCUCGUUUCUGGCGACCGAAGGGGAAGAGGCUGACAGCGGCGGCCCGUUGCCUGGCACGAGCUGCGACCACUGGGGCUCGGAAGCUAGAGUGCAAGAGCACCAUCAACGAGCGGUUUUCCCUGGCGCGGAGCCUAACGCCGUCUGGACUCCGCCCAGCCAUACUCGCGAGUUCCCCUGGCUGUCGUCGUCGCCUAAGGCCCCGCCCGCCGCGGUGGAUUCGCCGUCCGCGCGGUGGGAGGGCGGGAUUGGCGCGGAGGAGCGCGUGGGCUACGGCGCUUGGCGGAAGCGGGGGACGGAGGCGGUGGCGGUAAGAAGCGGAGACGCGCUACCCGGGGAGCACUUCGAGGCGCGCAGGCUUCAAUUCUCUGACGAUGCCGCGGCGGCGGCACCGGCGGCCGGGCUGCUGGGAGAUCUUGGAGAUCUCGACGCUUCUAAUGACGGCUCGCCUACUAAGAGGGCGAGGUCUGGUCUAACCAGACCGCUAGCCGCCUCCGCGACUGGUGAAGCAGUCGCGGCUGCAGCAGCUGUAGCGGCGGCGGCGGCGGUGUACAGAGGUUAUCAAGCUCCGAGCUGCCACGUGGCGGACAAGCUACAGCAGCUGCGGUGUUUUGACAAUCGCGCGCAAGCGCGACAGGGUACUGCGGCGCUCGAUGCGGUGGAAGCCAUGCUCGUGCAUGCUCGCGCCGCGCUCGGUGCGGCGGCUGCGACGGCCGGCGCGGCAGGGACGAAUAACACCAACUCGCUUCAAGGUGGUAUGCCGGGCACGCCGCGGGCCGGCCUGCCGUUGCCGUCUGUGGAGGCAGACGAAUGCUUCGCCGGCCGUCUCGACGACGCGUUUCAGCGGCAGCAGCACCAGCAGACGGCCGCGGCGCUUUCUCAUGGUAUGCUGAGACUUCUUUUUGACGACGGUACGCUGGCCGCUUCUGCUGCUGUCAACGCCAGAGCCAUGGCCGCCGCUGCUGCCGCCGCUGCGACUGCGACUGCUGGGAGGGGAGGGCCUGGGGGAGGGUUGGGUCAGGUGAUGGCGGGGGGAAUGGGUCCCGCUUCUCCUGCACUAAGUGAGUCAGGGCGUGGGGAUUACCGCGCCACACGGGCAGGUCUUUUUGGUAACCCCUAUGGUGGUUACAUUCAGUGA